AAAAGCAGGAAAAUAGAAAUGAAAAACAAACAGGAAUCACUCCUGGCGGUGCUCAGGGGACCUUAGGAAGUGCCCAGGACCCACCCUGGCUUGGCCACGUGCAGGGCCUUCCCCGCUGUCCUUAUCUCUCCAGCCCCUCACCCCUCCCCCCCAACAUUCUGAGGCUCUUGGGAGCAUCCGUUUGCCAUCCUCUGAUCUGAACACGUAUCUGGUUUGCUGGUCGCUCCCAAAUACCCGCUGAGACGGAGUCCGGGUCCCCGCGGGCCUGCCCCAGGGGACCCGGACCCGCAGAUGCUGAAUCACGUCGCGCCCGCCCCGAGCCCUUGCACACCCAGCUCGGAAAACCAGUUUUUCCCUCAUUCCCGGGGUGUAAGAGGCUUAAAGAGGCAGGAGCCAGGGGGGCCCUGGGCACCUCUCCGUCCGGCCGGGCGCGGCCCGGUGGUGGGCGGGGACGCCGCGGCCUGGGGGACAAGGUCCAGCUCUCGGCGCGCGCGGGCGUGCGCGUGGCCAUGGCACCUGCAGCCUGCCGGGGACGUUCGGGCCCCGCCGCCAGGGUCUCUCCCUGGGUUCUGCCCCUGCUCUGUGUCCUUCUGACGACAUCCCCCGCCCGGGCAGCCAGUGCCCCGAAGCCGAACUUUCUGCUGAUUAUGGCCGACGAUCUGGGCAUCGGGGACCUGGGUUGCUAUGGAAACCGGACCCUGAGGACGCCCAACAUUGACCAGCUGGCCAAACAGGGCGUGAGGCUGACCCAGCACCUGGCGGCCACCCCGCUGUGUACGCCGAGUCGAGCCGCCUUCCUCACGGGGAGACACUCGUUCCGAUCCGGCAUGGACGCCAGCAACGGGUACCGCGCGCUGCAGUGGAACGCGGGCUCCGGGGGCCUCCCGCCAAACGAGACCACGUUUGCCAGACUCCUGCAGGACCAAGGCUAUGCCACGGGGCUCAUCGGCAAAUGGCACCAGGGGCUGAACUGUGCCCGGCGGGGUGAUCACUGCCACCACCCACUGCGGCACGGGUUCGACUACUUCUACGGCAUGCCCUUCACGCUGGUCAACGACUGCCACCCCGCGCGGCCCCCCGAGGUGGACGCCAGGCUCCGCGCCCAGCUGUGGCUCUGCACGCAGGCGCUGGCCCUGGCCGUGCUGUCCCUGGCGGCCGGCAGGGCCCUGGGGCUGCUGCCCGUGCCCUGGACGCUGGUGGCCGCCGCCGCCGGCCUGGGGCUGCUCUUCUUCGCGUCCUGGUAUUCGAGUUUCGGGUUCGUGCGACGCUGGAACUGCAUCGUCAUGCGGGAGCACCGCGUCACGGAGCAGCCGAUGGACCUGGGGGCAGCGGCCGGCCGCAUGCUGCAGGAGGCCGUCUCCUUCCUGGACAGGAACCAACGGCGUCCGUUCCUGCUCUUCCUGUCCCUGCUGCACGUGCAUAUCCCCCUGCCCACCACGCCCGCCUUCCGGGGAAGGAGCCGGCACGGCCUGUACGGAGACAACGUGGAGGAGAUGGACUGGCUCGUGGGCGAGGUCCUGCGGGCCGUGGACCAGCUUGGCCUGCGGAACUCGACCCUCGUCUACUUCACCUCUGACCACGGCGGUCACCUGGAGGCGCGAGGCGAGGGCGGCCAGCUGGGCGGCUGGAACGGCAUCUACCGAGGCGGGAAGGGCAUGGCCGGCUGGGAGGGCGGCAUCCGCGUGCCCGGGAUCUUCCGCUGGCCCGGGGUACUGCCCGCCGGCCGCGUGCUGUUCGCGCCCACCAGCCUCAUGGACCUGCUGCCCACCCUGGUCCAGCUGGCCGGCGGGGACCUGCCCCGGGACAGGGUCAUCGACGGCCGGAGCCUGGUGCCCCUGCUCCAGGGAGCCGACAGACACUCGGCCCACGAGUUCCUGUUCCACUACUGCGGGCAGCACCUGCACGCCGCCCGCUGGCACGACAAGGACAGCGGAAAGCUGUGGAAGGUCCACUACGUGACCCCCCGGUUCCAGCCGGACGGGGCGGGCGCCUGCUACGGCCGCGGGGUGUGCCCUUGCUCUGGGGACGGCGUCCGCCAUCACAGCCCACCCCUGCUGUUCGAGCUCGUCAGCGACCCGGCCGAGGCAAAGCCCCUGACCGCAGCCACAGAGCCCCGCUUCCUGUCGGUGCUGGACCGGCUGGCCAGGGCCCUGGCCGAGCACCGGAGGACCGUGAGCCCAGGGCCGCCCCAGUUUUCUCUAAGCAACAUCGUGUGGAAGCCCUGGCUGCAGCCCUGCUGUGGGACCUUCCCCUUCUGCUCCUGCCACGAGGACACGGAGCCCGGGAGGGGACCGUCCACUCACCUGCACGCCUAGCAGGGCAGCCCUGCUGAGGCCCUGGGGGGAAGGAGGGCGGAGCAUGGCCUCACGCAGACAGCAGGAGACAGUGGACAGCUGGAG